AUGAGCCAGUUUAUUACAGAAAAUUUGAUUGUUUUCUUUCUGCAGAAAAUAUUGCAGCUACUACCUGAGAGGAUUUUUUAUCGAUGGCAUUUUCGCAGUAUAGGGUCGAUUCUGAAGAAACUUUUGCACACUGGAAAUUCUCUCAAGAUAAGAUGUGAAGGAAUCCGACUGUUUCUUCUCUGGCUUCAAGCACUUCAGACUAACUGUGCAGAAGAGCAAAUAUUAAUAUUUGCAUGCCUUGUGCCUGGCUUUCCACCCAUUAUGUCCUCACGAGGUCCCUGUACACUAGAUAACCUCAUUAGUCCCCCUAGUUCGCCGGACGCUAAGAUUUUUCCAGAAGAAAUAACCCCACUGUUGCCAGCUGUCUCUGGGGAGAAAAUUGCUGAAGACCAAACCUGCUACUUCCUUCAGCUACUGUUAAAAUAUAUGGUAAUUCAGGCUGCAAGCCUAGAGUGGAAGAAUAAAGAGAACCAAGACACUGGGUUUAAGUUUCUCUUCACCUUGUUUAGAAAAUACUAUCUUCCUCACUUAUUUCCAUCUUUUACAAAGCUGACCAACCUCUACAAACCUGUUCUUGAUAUUCCUGAUAUAAGACCAAGACCAGUAUACAUUACUGCAACACGAAACAAUGAAAAUGUCUAUAGCACAAAAAUUCCAUAUAUGGCAGCUCGAGUUGCUUUUAUUAAGUGGCUUGUUACCUUCUUUCUUGAAAAGAAAUAUUUAACUGCUGUUCAGAAUGCAAAAAAUGGAGGAGAAAUGCUCCCUAGGAUUAUUCAGACUGUUGGUGGUGUAAGCCAGGACAGAACUGCAGAGCUGGAGGCGGGUGUGUCUCACGCCAGCGAGCAGGAGAGGAGCCAUUCCAACAGCAGCACCCUGUCCGACAGAAGGCUCAGCAACUCCAGCCUCUGCAGCAUCGAGGAGCAGCACCGCAGCGUCUACGAGAUGGUGCAGAGGAUCCUGCUGUCCACGAGGGGCUACGUCAACUUCGUUAACGAGGUGUUCCGGCAGGCUUUUUUGUUGCCACCUUCUGAUGUGUCUGCAACACGGAAAGUGGUUAAGGUGUAUCGGAAGUGGAUACUGCAGGAGAAACCUGUGUUCAUGGAGGAGCCAGAGAAAAAGGAGGACGGGCAGGAUGCUGUGGUCACCUCAGAGGAUUCAGCAGUGCAGACGGAUGGGAAACAUCUCUCCUCUGACCGUUCCGGACACAAGCGCUCGUCCAGCUGGGGCAGAACCUACUCCUUCACCAGUGCUGUUAGCAGGGGCUGUGUGCUGGAAGACGAGGACAAAAACGUCAGAGCUGGUGCUCAGGCUGCCUUGCAGGUGUUCCUGACAAACUCAGCAAAUGUUUUCUUACUGGAGCCGUGCACUGAAGUCCCUGUGCUGCUGAAGGAGCAAGUGGAUGCUUGCAAAGCAGUUCUGAGUAUCUUUAGGCGCAUGAUAAUGGAACUGUCAAUGGAUAGGAAGACCUGGGAACAGAUGCUACAGAUACUUCUUAGAAUAACAGAAGCUGUGAUGCAGAAGCCAAAAGAAAACCAAAUGAAGGAUACGUUUGCUCAAAGCAUGUCAGGAUUGCUUUUCCGAACCCUCAUUGUGGCUUGGAUCAGAGCAAACCUGAGCGUUUACAUUUCCCGGGAGCUGUGGGAUGAGCUGCUCAGCGUUCUGUCCGCCCUGACUGACUGGGAGGAGCUCAUAACCGAGUGGGCCAACAUCAUGGACUCUCUGACAGCAGUGCUGGCGAGGACCGUGUAUGGGGUGGAGAUGACAAACUUGCCCUUGGAUAAGCUCAGUGAACAAAAAGAAAAAAAGCAGAGAGGAAAAGGUGGCAUGUUAGAGCCUCAGAAGACAGCUGUAGUGGGAAGAUCUUUUUCAUUAAGCUGGAAAAGUCAUCCUGAUGUUGUGGAGCCGAUGAGGUUCAGAAGCGCUACGACCUCUGGAGCCCCAGGAGUGGAGAAGGCAAGAAAUAUUGUUCGUCAGAGAGCGACAGCUAAGCGAAGCCAGUCUAUCAGCAACUGUGUUCAUCUUUAUGAGGCUUUGCCAGCCACUAAAAGUGUCCCUCUCCUGCUUCACACUGUGAGCUCUCUCUUACCUGGUAUCUCUUACACUUCUUGCUCUCACAGACUGUCAGAAGUUGAAGAAUCUCAACAGCUUGAAAAUUCAACAGGAACAGAAGCUACAGGCCUAUAUGCAGACCAAGAGCAGCAGCUGACUCGAAGCAGCAGCACUUCAGAUAUUACAGAUCAGUUUCCAUCUGAUUUUUUUCAAGGUAAAAAAGCUGGAAGUUCUCAUAAUUUAACUUCUUCCGACUCCGUAUUGGUUCAGGAGAAUAAGGGAUGCACAAAGAAGGAACAUGAAGCUGAUCAAGUGCUGGGACACAGAAGCAGCAGCACGGCUGAGUUAGAUUUGAAAGCAGACUUGCAGCAAUCACAUGGAAAUUACAGAGAGAGGAAAAAAAGUGCCAGCGUGAGCAGCGACACGUCCGCUGGCUACAGCAGCGAGGUGGAGAUCGCCCUCGGCCCCUGGCAGGCGCCUGGGGACCCCCAGGAGGGUCACGCACCAGCAGAUGUCUGCCUGGAGCCCGAUGCCCCACGCUGGCUGCAGCUUAGUCCUUCAGAUACAGCAAAUCUAACAGACAGCAGUGAGUUCCUUGCUGAUGACUGCAGUAUAAUUGCUGGUGGAAGCCUUAUCGGCUGGCAUCCUGAUUCUGCUGCUGUGUUGUGGAGGAGGAUCCUGGGAAUUCUUGGAGAUGUGAACAACAUACAGUCACCUAAAAUCCAUGCAAAAGUUUUUGGCUAUCUUUAUGAGCUGUGGUAUAAACUUGCAAAGAUCCGGGACAACCUUGCUAUAAGUGUGGACAAUCAGUCUACUCCCUCUCCUCCUGUCCUGAUUCCCCCUCUCAGAAUAUUUGCAUCAUGGCUGUUUAAGGCAACCACUCUGCCAAAUGAAUACAAGGAGGGCAAACUUCAGGCGUACCGGCUGAUCUGCGCUAUGAUGACCAGGCGCCAGGACGUGCUGCCAAAUUCUGAUUUCCUGGUUCAUUUUUAUUUUGUGAUGCACCUUGGCUUAACCAGUGAAGACCAG